AUGGAUUAAAAUGUUUAAGAGUAAGAAGAAGAGCUUGAUGAAAAACAACUGUAAGAAAAAAUGAGGUAUGAGAAAAUAUAAAAAGAAAUCUAAGAAUCAUAGGAUAGAUCAACUGAAACUCUUUAAAAAAUGAAACUUACAUUCUAAACAAUUGAUGAUGUCUAAGAGUAGGCAAGAUCAACAGUUGAUAAUAUUGACAACUUUUAAAAAACAUUUAGUGUCACAAUGGAUAAACUACUUGAAAACAUUGGCAAAUCCUUAAUUUCGAAUAGUAUAAAGUCAAGUGAGCAUAAUCCAAAAACUGCUAUAGAAUUAACUAUAAAUGAAGCUAAAUAAUUAAUCACCAAAAACACUGUUAUUUUAUGUGGUGCAGGUCUUAGUAAAGCAAGUGGUAUUCCUACAUCAAAAGAAUAAAAUGGAGAAUGGAUAAAAGGAGAAUGCAAUUACCCAUUAUCUAAAUUAAAAACUAGAGAUUUCUUAGUAGAUAAUCCGAAAGUAUAUUGGGAAUGGCAUAAAUAAUAUAAACAAUUAGUAUAAGAUAAAAUACCAAAUGCUGGUCAUCUUGCUAUAAAGAAUUUUAAGGAAAAAAACAAAGAUGCUUUAAUUGUUAAUCUAAGUAUUGAUAAUUUAUUGGCGUCUGUGUUUGAAUCGGAAGAGAUUAAGUAUGGCUAUAACAAAUAGAUUUAUGAAAUUAAUGGUAAUAUCAAAUAUAUGAGAUGUUUGUAUGAAUGUACAUUCUAAGAAGCCGAGCUAAUGACUGUGUAUGACAUUCCAGACCUAGAAUUAAACGAAAUUCCAAAAUGCCCUAUAUGUGGAUCAAAAGGAAGACCUCAUUUAUUGCUACUUGAUGAUGAGAUUCUGGAUGAAAAUUGCAGGAUAACAGAAAUCUAAGAGUUAUCUUAAAAGUAUGAAACAAUUAUUGUAAUUGGCACAACUUUAUAAACUCAUUUUGCAAAAACCAUGGUGUGUGAAUUUAUAAAGAAAAAAGCCACAAUAAUUGAAAUAAAUCCAGAACCAGUUAUAGAAGUUGGAAAUACAUUUUGGUUGAUUGGAAAAUCAGAAGAAAUUCUGCCAGAGUUGUUAGAUUGA